UACACUAAGGAACCAGUCACGCUGUAUAUGACAAGAAAGAAAAGAGGCAGAUUAACUUCUUUAGCACACACCUCUCACUCGCGUUGCACCUCAACCAGAAAACAACAAAUUUAAGUCAAAAUGGGUCGUAUGCAUAGUAAUGGAAAGGGUAUUGCCUCUUCUGCUUUACCCUAUGUUCGUUCUCCUCCUGCUUGGUGCAAGGCUGAUGCCGAAUCUGUUGUCGAUCAGAUUGUCAAGUUCUCCAAGAAGGGUAUGUCCCCUUCUCAAAUUGGUGUGACUCUCCGUGACUCUCAUGGAAUCCCUCAAGUUCGCUUCAUUACUGGUCAAAAGAUCAUGCGUAUCUUGAAGGCUAAUGGUCUUGCUCCUGAGCUCCCCGAGGAUCUCUACAAUCUUAUCAAGAAGGCUGUUACCGUCCGUAAGCACUUGGAGCGUAACCGUAAGGACAAGGACUCCAAGUUCCGCUUGAUUCUCAUCGAGUCUCGUAUCCACCGUCUUGCCCGUUACUACCGCAAGGUCGGUGCUCUUCCUCCUACCUGGAAGUACGAGUCUGCCACUGCUUCUGCUUUGGUUGCUUAAGCUUAUCGGCGUACGGCGAAGUGAAUUCUUGGUUGAAAUUUGCUUUUGGGCUUCAAAAUAAGAUUGUUUCAUAAAAAUUCUGCAGAUUGUAAGCCGUGCUUGGUAACAGUAAGUAUUAUUCGAAUAGAUCGUAAAUAAAGAGUAAUGCAAACUCAAUGUUAAAGUAUAAAUAGAAUGAACCAUUACAC